GCCUUAUAGCAUGAGUCAACGCUGAGUGAGCAUCGCUGCUGGCAGAUGACCCUUCGGGAAAGAUGGCUGCUCCAAACAAGUUCUAUGAGGAGAUCACUGGCCAGCACCUGAGGGACUGGCAGUGUAUUGGCCGGGGAGCCUUUGGGACCAUCUACCGAGCUCGACACGAAGACUGGAGGAUCGAUGUUGCCGUGAAGAUUCUCAACAGCAAUACAUCGUUCACCCAGGAGGAACUCCUGAAAGAAGCCCGGGCCAUGGAAGAGGCGCGGUUUACCUAUGUCCUGCGUCUCUUUGGCCUCUUUGUGGGCAGAGUGGAAGCGGACACGAAGCUGGCUGGCUUCGGCGGUGCUACUGGUUCGAAUCUGGGCCUGGUGAUGGAGUUCAUGGAGAACGGCACCCUGUCCGCCUUGAGGUACCGGGUCCCUUUUGUGCCUUGGGCCCUGCGAAUUCGCAUCCUCCACCAGGUAGCCCUGGGGAUGAAUUUCCUCCACAGCCUCAAACCCCCGCUGUUACACCUGGACCUCAAGCCAAGCAACGUUCUACUGAAUGAGGAGCUCCACGUCCGGGUGGCUGAUUUUGGGCUCUCCAAGUUCAAGCGAGGGACCACUCGGAACGCCAGCAUCAAAUCCAGGGAAGAGGAAGAGUAUGGCGGGACUCUGGAGUUCAUGCCCCCUGAGGCUUUCACCAAUGUGAACUACAAGCCGACCCCAGGCACAGACGUCUACAGCUACGGGAUUCUCAUGUGGUCGUUGCUCACUGGCGAAGACCCUUACGCAAAUGUCCCCCCUGGAAAUAUGAGCUCCAUCAUCAAGUCACUGAUCCCCCAAGGCCAAAGGCCCAGUACUAAGGAGCUGGAGAUGAUGGCCAGUAGAGUGUUGAAACUAGAAGACUUGAUCAGGCUGAUGAAACUCUGCUGGCAUCACAACCAAGACCAAAGGCCGUCCUUCCGAGAGUGCAGCGAAAACACAGAGGAUGCCUUUUCCCAGUACAAACGUCACAUUGUGGCCGCUGUGCGCAAGGUCCAGGAUUGCUUGAUGGAGAGCUCUCCUUCAAAUGAAACCAGGGUCAACUUGGAUACGAUAUCAGGAAGAGUCAAUUCUGCCCAUCAGGUAUCGAAGCCCUUGGACUACGAGGUCCCGCUAACCCCUUCCUAUGAAUUUGAGGAGCAGCUUAGGACUUUAAGACUGGAAGAGUUUCCACACAGACAAAAUGAGGCUGUACCCAUGAGAGACUUUUCCAAAAUAAACCGAGAAGGGAAAUCUGGGCUUCACCGUAGUCACAGCGCGCAGAUCAGGAAAGACCCAAGCUAUGGAUCGCCUCCUCACGAAGGGGUGAAGAUUCGAAACUGGCCCAGGCAUACAGAACUCAAGCGUCGCCCCCUUUCAGACUCGUUUACCGUCCCAUCGUAUCCACCCUACCUGCCUGGAUUCUGGCCUCAACCUCAGUCAUUCUACCAACCCCAGCAAGAUGUAUCCCAGGACCACACGCUCUUGCCACGCUUUAGUUCUCCUAGAGCUCCACAGGAAUAUGGUGGAAUCACUAUCACAGGCCAAGGCAUCUCAGGAAUCCAAAUUGGAACCCAUAACACCCUGGUCCUGGAACAGGUUCAUGAGAGCAAACCCAGGAAUGAGCAUUAAUCAAUGCCUGCCGAGUGUGGGAAGUUUCUUAUGGACAAUUAAGUUUCCUCUGCUUCAAGGGACAAAUGCGCAUUCCAAGCAUAAGUGUGAUCUUUCUUCUCUAUGCAAUUCUCAUCAGGACGCAAGAACUCUCUUCUAGAAGCGUGCCGCGAGGCCUAUACACACCCUUACCACCUAAUCCAGAAGCAGCACUGCUUUUGACUUGGUUGCAUAAACCCAAUCUGGGAUGAAUGAAUGUUUAUUUGCAUCAGCCAUUGGCCAUAGCAAUAAAACAACAAUGCAAUAUAUGAAUAAUAGAAAUAAAAGUCAAUUAUAUAAAAAACA